CGGAGCGAAGCUUGGCGUACUGCAAGGCUGGAGUUCGAAUCAGAGGACUUGCUGCCCUUCUAUGGCUACCUCACUGUCUUCACAAACCGUCGCAGCUCAUGUCCCCUUUGCAGAUUUAUGUUCCACAUUGGAGCGGAUACAUAAAAGUAAAGACCGUGCAGAGAAGAUCAGGCACUUCAAGGAAUUUUUAGAUUCUUGGAGGAAAUUUCACGAUGCCCUUCAUAAGAACAAGACGGAUGUUCUGGACUCCUUUUACCCAGCCAUGAGACUUAUUCUUCCUCAGUUAGAGAGAGAGAGGAUGGCUUAUGGUAUCAAAGAAACCAUGCUUGCCAAGCUUUACAUCGAGUUACUGAACUUACCAAGGGAAGGCAAGGACGCCCAGAAGCUCCUCAAUUAUCGAACACCGAGUGGUGCUCGCACGGAUGCUGGGGACUUUGCGAUGAUUGCGUACUUCGUGUUGAAGCCGCGGUGCUUACAGAAAGGAAGCUUAACCAUACAGCAGGUGAAUGAACUCUUGGACUUAGUCGCCAGCAACAAUUCUGGCAAAAGAAAAGACCUAGUAAAGAAGAGCCUUCUCCAGUUGAUAUCACAGAGUUCAGCCCUGGAGCAAAAGUGGCUGAUCCGCAUGAUCAUUAAAGACUUAAAGCUUGGUGUCAGUCAGCAAACGAUACUUAACGUUUUUCAUAACGACGCAGUUGAGUUGCACAACGUCACCACGGAUCUGCAGAAGGUCUGCCAGCAACUCCAUGACCCCUUAGUGGGGCUCAGUGAUAUCUCUAUCAGCCUCUUUUCUGCCUUUAAGCCGAUGCUAGCCGCCAUAGCCGAUGUGGAGCGUGUGGAAAAGGACAUGAAGCAGCAGAGUUUCUACAUUGAGACCAAGCUGGAUGGCGAACGCAUGCAGAUGCACAAAGAUGGGAACGUGUAUCAGUACUUCUCCAGAAAUGGCUAUAACUACACCGAUCAGUUUGGCGCAUCCCCCCAGGAAGGCUCCCUCACCCCCUUCAUCCACGACGCCUUCCGGACAGAUGUGCAAGAGUGCAUCCUUGAUGGCGAGAUGAUGGCCUACAACCCGGCCACGCAGACGUUUAUGCAGAAGGGGGUCAAGUUUGACAUCAAGAGGAUGGUGGAGGAUUCCGACCUGCAGACGUGUUACUGUGUCUUCGACGUGUUGAUGGUUAAUAAUAAGAAGCUAGGGCGUGAGACCCUGAGGAAGAGAUAUGAGAUCCUUAGCAGUACUUUGACACCCAUCCAGGGUCGAAUAGAGAUCGUGCAGAAAAAGCUAGCUCACACGAAGAAUGAGGUGGUGGAUGCCUUAAAUGAAGCCAUUGAUAACAGAGAGGAGGGCAUCAUGGUUAAACACCCUCUGUCAAUUUACAAGCCAGACAAAAGAGGUGAAGGGUGGCUAAAAAUUAAACCAGAGUAUGUCACUGGAUUAAUGGAUGAAUUAGACCUCUUAAUUGUGGGGGGCUACUGGGGUAAAGGUUCUCGAGGCGGCAUGAUGUCUCACUUUUUGUGUGCGGUGGCAGAGGCGCCGCCUCACGGUGAGAGGCCAUCUGUGUUCCAUACUCUGUGCCGUGUUGGGUCAGGAUACACCAUGAAGGAGCUCUAUGACCUUGGCCUGAAAUUGGCCAAACAUUGGAAGCCUUACCAUAAGAAAUCUCCACCGAGUAGCAUUUUAUGCGGCACAGAGAAGCCGGAAGUGUACAUCGAGCCCCAUCACUCCGUGAUUGUCCAGAUCAAGGCGGCAGAGAUUGUCCCCAGUGACAUGUACAAGACCGGGACCACACUGCGCUUCCCACGCAUCGAGAAGAUCAGAGACGACAAGGAGUGGCAUGAGGGUAUGACCCUGGGUGACCUGGAAGAGCUGAGGGGGAGAGCAUCCGGGAAGCUUGCCACAAAGCACCUUCGUGUCCGCGAUGAUGACGAACCUAAAGAAAAGAGGCGGAAACCCGUCUCCAAAAUGAAGAAAACCAUCGGAAUUAUCGAACACUUGAAAGCACCUAACCUCUCUAACGUAAGUAAGGUUUCUAACGUAUUUGAGGACGUUGAGUUUUGCGUUAUGACUGGGAUGGAGGGUUACCCCAAGCCUGACCUGGAGAACAGAAUUGCAGAACUUGGUGGCUGCGUUGUGCAGAAUCCAGGUCCAGAAACGUACUGUGUGAUCGCAGGAUGCAUGAACAUCAGAGUGAGGAACAUUAUCUCCUCGGACGAACACGAUGUCGUCAUGCCUGAGUGGCUGCUGGAGUGUUUUAAAACAAAAACGUGUGUGCCAUGGCAACCUCGCUUCAUGGUUCACAUGUGCCCAUCAACAAAGCAGCACUUUGCCCGCGAAUAUGAUUGCUAUGGCGAUAGCUAUUUUGUUGAUACAGAUUUGGAUCAACUGAAAGAAGUGUUUUCAGGAAUUAAACCCAGGGAGCGGCAGACUCCUGAAGAAAUGGCCCCCGUGAUCGCCGACCUAGAAUACCGCUAUUCUUGGCAUCACUCUCCUCUCAGUAUGUUUCGGCAUUGCACCGUGUAUCUGGACUUAUAUGCUGUUGUCAACGACUUGAGCUCCAAAAUCGAAGCAACGAGAUUAGGUGUGACAGCGCUCGAGCUGCGGUUUCAUGGAGCCAGGAUAGUGUCCUGCUUAUCUGAGGGGGUGUCUCAUGUGAUCGUUGGGGAAGAUCCAAGCCGAGUUGCAGACUUCAAAGCUUUCAGGAGGACUCUUAAGAAAAAGUUUAAAAUCCUGCAAGAACAUUGGGUGACCGAUUCAGUAGACAAGUGUGAGCUUCAGGAUGAAAGUCGGUAUUUGCUUUAGAGCUAGCUCUCCAGGGAGAGCAUGGGCUGCAUCAGCAUUUGCUCUAGAGCUAGCUCUCCAGGGAGAGCAUGGGCUGC